AUGGCCGAUGCGCCUCCAGCAGACCCCAAGCCGCUGAGUCCUCUAGACAAGGAACAGCGACAAGGCCUGAAAGCGAUUCGCGAAUUCCUCCGCAAGCGCACCAGCUACGAUGUGCUGCCGCUGUCCUUCCGCCUCAUCGUGCUCGAUACGGAUCUACUCAUUAAGAAGAGUCUCAAUAUCCUCAUCCAAAACUCCAUUGUGUCUGCCCCCCUGUGGGAUUCGCACAUCUCGCGCUUUGCGGGCAUCCUCACUGCCACCGACUACAUCAACGUGAUCCAGUAUCACUGCCAGUUCCCCGAUGAGAUGAGCAAGCUGGAUCAAUUCCGUCUCGCUAGUCUGCCAGACAUUGAAAAGGCCAUUGGGGCAACGCCCAUCGAAACCGUCUCCGUCCAUCCUUCGAGACCUCUGUACGAAGCGCUUCGACGCAUGCUCAAGACUCGCGCGCGAAGAAUCCCCUUGGUCGACGUCGAUGAAGAGACGGGCAGAGAGACGGUUAUCUCGGUCAUCACUCAAUACCGGAUCCUCAAGUUCAUUGCCGUCAACAACGAACACAACACAAUCCUACUCAAGAAGACUGUUCGCGACCUCGGGCUGGGGACCUACACAGACUUGGCCGUUGCGCGCAUGGGCACCACGGUUCUCGAGGUUAUCAACCUCAUGGUCCACCGGAACAUCAGCUGCGUGCCCAUUGUCGACUCUGAAAACAGAGUUCUCAACGCUUUUGAAGCCGUCGACAUCAUCCCGUGCAUUAAGGGGGGAGCCUAUGACGAGCUGAACGGCAGCGUUGGUGAGGCCUUGUGCAAGCGUCCCGAGGACAACCCCGGCAUCUUUACGUGCAGCGAAGACGACAGGCUCGACUCCAUCUUUGACACAAUCCGCAAGAGCCGCGUCCACAGGCUGGUUGUCGUUGACGACGAGAACAAACUCAAGGGUGUGAUUUCGCUCUCCGACAUCCUGAAGUACGUGCUGCUCCACGGCGAAGAAGAUGACUCUGCGUGA